AAAAGUAAAUAUGAAUUAAAUAUUUUGUAAACAACUUUACUGUUAUUCUUUUUUUAAAAUUAUCGUUCACUGUGAUUAUUAUAAAUAGUUGCGAGCGACAUAAUGAUUGAACUUUCAGCGAAGUUAACUACAGGUACCGUUUACCUGGCUGGAGAAGCAUUAGAAUGUUGCAUUACAUUUUGUCACACAACUCAACCUGAACACAGGAAUUCGCAAAGCCACAGUGACAUCUUAGAGAAUUUGGCAUGGGCUUCCGCGCAAAUACACUGUUUUUAUUCAACAUCGGGUAAUCCUGGCGAUAAAUCAUUAUCUAUCGAGAAGACAACGGCUCUGGAAGUAACAUCUUGUGAUAUUGGAGAUGUGGUUUUUCAUACAAAACCGAAAAUAUUGUUUUGUGACCUGACCAUUCCACUUGGUGAAACCAAAACAUUUUGGUACAGAGAAUCCUUACCAAUAGAAGCUGCCCCAUCAUAUAGGGGUACAACAAUUAAAUAUUCAUACAAAAUAACUAUUGCAACACAAAAAGUGGGAUCUCAUAUAAAAAUGGUGCGAAUACCAUUCAGGGUGCUACCAAUUAGUCCCAUUAUGAAUAUGCAGGACUUGGCAGCUCUUUGUGGCAAUGAGACCACUGAAGAUCUACAGCCCACUAACCCGUUUUCAGAAGAAAGGAAAGUGGAGACACCUUUAACUAUGGCUUUACAGGUUCUACAGAAUCUUACUGCAAGAAGGAGUCCAAAUUCAUACAUGAUAACAAAUACAAGAGGCAAAGUCGGUCGCUUCUGUCUGUUUAAAUCGGCUUACAAAUUAGGUGAAGAUAUAGUUGGGACAUUUGAUUUCUCUGUUGGCACUGUUACAUGUAUGCAGGUUUCAGUAUCACUCCAGCCGGAAGAAAUAUUAAAGUCAAAAACACCAGCCAAAAAUGUCAAUAAGGAAUCAAGUAGCAGAUCAAUGACAGUGGCCAGGUAUCAUGAAGUAACACUUGGGUUGACUCAUUCUCAGCUGAUUCUACCAAUACCUUUGCAUAUAACUCCAGCAUUUGAUGUUAAUGAAGUGUCAUUAAGAUGGCGACUUCACUUUGAAUUUGUAACAACAAAUGAAAAGCUUUGUCCUACGCCUGAAGAAAAAGAUUGGAAUGCACCACUUAAUGUGCCUAUAGAGACAAUGGUUUGGAAUCUACCUGUAAAAAUAUAUUCCACAUUACCUAAGCAAAUAACGCAACAUUCAGUGAGGAGUGAUGCUUAUACUUUAUGUAUUAAAUAAAUUAAAAUGUUUUUUUUUUAAAUACAGUAGGGUGUGAUAAAAACACUUUACAGUCAAUGCCACUAAUGACAGUAACACACAGUGGCAUUUUAUGUGCUAAAUUGAUAUAAAAUGAGUUGGUAUGAUUUUAUUAAAUGAAACAACAUAAUAUAUGUUAAGAUUAAAUUUAAUUAUACUUAAAUGUAUGUACAUAUUAAAAUAAAUAUACUAAGUUAUUCAAUCAUCUGCCAGUUCUUUG